UUCUGUUCCCAUAUGUUAUUUGACGACACCAUAUGGGAAGGGUUAGAAGGUGGUGUAUGUGAGGGGCGGAGAAGUGACAUGAAAUGGUAGUAAGGGGUAACUAGGGCCAGUUUACUUGGAUCGGGCGUGGAGAUAUUGGUAAUUAUCAGCGAUUCAAAUGAGUAGGGAAGCUGGCAAAAGAUGGCAAGCUGGUAUUUGAUGGAGAACAAGAGUUGAGGGAUCAUUAGUCGUAACUGUUCACUCAAGCGCCUCUCUCCGCUCGUUUCGCUUGCCCAGUUCUGCCAACCGCAUUCUUCAUCAUCAUCUCUCAGUGUGGGUGAGUCGACUCCGUUCCAGACUCCAUGGAUUCCUCUCGCGAGUUCGUCAAGGACGUCAAGCGUGUCAUUGUUAAGGUUGGAACAGCUGUGGUUACUCGAGCCGAUGGAAGAUUAGCAGUGGGUAGAGUUGGAGCUCUUUGUGAGCAGCUUAAAGAAUUGAACUCCCAAGGCUAUGAGGUCAUAUUGGUGGCUUCAGGUGCUGUUGGUGUUGGCAUCCAAAGGCUUCGAUACAGGAGAUUGGUCAACAGCAGCUUGGAUGAUCUCCAGAAACCGCAAAUUGAGCUUGAUUCAAAAGCUUGUGCAGCUGUCGGACAGAGUAGUCUCAUGGCUCUGUAUGAUACUUUAUUCAGCCAGCUGGAUGUUACGGCUUCUCAACUUCUAGUCACGAAUAGUGAUUUUAGAAAUCCAGAUUUCAGAAUGCAACUUUCUGAAACAGUUGGAUCCUUGUUAGAUCUAAGGGUCAUUCCUAUUUUUAAUGAAAAUGAUGCAAUCAGUACCAGGGAUCAUCCAAAUGAGGAUUCUUCUGGUAUAUUUUGUGAUAAUGACAGUCUGGCAACUCUACUGGCUCUGGAACUAAAAGCUGACCUUCUUGUCUUGUUGAGUGAUGUAGAGGGUCUGUACAAUGCCCCUCCAAAUAAGCCACAUGCGGAAUUAAUCCAUACAUAUGUUAAGGAAAAACAUGAAGGAGAAAUUACAUUUGGAGACAAGUCUAAGGUUGGAAGAGGGGGUAUGACUGCUAAAGUAAAAGCUGCUAACCAGGCAGCCGAUGCUGGCACCCCUACAGUGAUUACAAGUGGGUACGCCACUGACAACAUUGUAAAAGUACUUCAAGGGCAGCGUGUCGGUACACUUUUCCAUAAAGAUGCACAUUCAUGGACCCUAGUGAAAGAAAUUGGUGCCCGUGAAAUGGCAGUGGCUGCACGAGAAUGUUCCAGGCGGCUUCAGGCCCUGCCUUCAAAAGAUAGGAGGAAAAUUUUGUUGGACAUAGCCGAUGCCCUAGAAGCAAAUGAAAGCUUGAUUAAAGUUGAGAAUGAAGCUGAUGUUGCUGCUGCACAGGAGGCUGGGUAUGACAAGUCAUUACUAUCUCGUUUGGCCUUAAAGCCUGGGAAGAUCUCUGGUCUAGCAAAAUCAAUUCGGAUGUUAGCAGACAUGAAAGAACCCAUUGGUCAUGUUUUAAGUAGAAUGGAGCUUGCAGAUGGACUUAUCUUAGAGAAGACAUCUUGUCCUAUGGGUGUCCUCCUGGUUGUUUUUGAGGCUCGACCUGAUGCGCUAGUUCAGAUAGCUUCAUUAGCAAUUCGGAGUGGGAACGGUUUACUGUUGAAAGGAGGGAAAGAAGCUAAUAGAUCAAAUGCAAUCUUGCACAAGGUUAUCACUGAAGCUAUCCCAGAUACUGUUGGUGAAAAACUUAUUGGACUUGUCACUUCAAGAGAGCAGAUUCCCGAUUUACUAAAGCUUGAUGAUGUCAUAGAUCUUGUGAUCCCUAGAGGCAGCAACAAACUCGUUUCUCAAAUCAAGGAUUCAACUAAAAUCCCUGUUCUUGGUCAUGCUGAUGGUAUUUGCCAUGUUUACAUCGACAAGUCAGCUAAUAUGAAAAUGGCAAAGCACAUUGUUCUGGAUGCGAAGACCGAUUAUCCUGCAGCCUGUAAUGCAAUGGAAACCCUUCUUGUUCACAAGGAUUUUUUGAGUAAUGGUGGGUUCAAUAAGCUUGUUACAGAGCUCCAACGUAAAGGUGUUACUCUACACGGUGGACCAAGAGCAAGUGCACUGUUAAAUAUUUCUCAGGUUAACUCAUUCCAUCAUGAGUACAAUUCCAUGGAUUGCACAGUUGAAAUUGUAGAUGAUGUGCAUUCUGCCAUUGACCAUAUACAUCGACAUGGAAGGCAUGUUGAAUACUCUCAUUUUUCUUCUUUUGUUUUGUAUAUAAAUAUUUUAUGGCCGUUUGUGAUAUUCUGGUUUUUCUUUAACUUUUCUUUCAGUUCUCAUACUGAUUGUAUCAUCACAGAAGACUCCAAAAUUGCUGAAAUUUUCCUACUUCAAGUGGACAGUGCUGCAGUUUUCCAUAAUGCAAGUACCCGAUUUUGUGAUGGAGCACGUUUUGGACUUGGUGCAGAGGUUGGCAUAAGUACGAGCAGGAUUCAUGCUCGAGGUCCAGUAGGAGUCGAAGGAUUGUUGACGAGCCGAUGGAUUCUGAAAGGAAAUGGACACAUUGUGGAUGGCGAUGAAGGGGUCAUUUACACCCACAAGAGUCUCGCUCUACAAUCUUGAU